AUACACCUGUAGUGUCAACAAUCAACAAACAAGCCAACGGGAAUAUUAUUAAACCCUUUCUGAAGGAAAUAAUAAAAAAUGAGUGGCGCUACAAAGUGUGAUGGGGCUUUGCAUUUAAACGUCCGUCUGCAUAAAUUGGCCGCCCAAUUUGCUGGCGCUUUUCCAAACCUAAGCCGUCCCCAGCCAAUUGGCUUUUACAGCAUUAACGAGGCCAGGGAGUUCCAGGAUGAUGCAAGUAAUGCCACCUAUCUUUUUUUGCCGCCUCGAAAUACGUUGCCCCUGAAUCUUAAUGCGGGCAUUGAGAACGUACAACGGAAGGUUGCUCAACAUGAGUACCAUGACAUUUAUCAGUUUUGCCAGUACAUUUAUAAUCAUCAAGAGCUUUUGGUCAAGUCAUCCAAUGGCCAAUUGAGGCUGGACAAUGACUUUGUUACCUUUCGUGGCAUUCUACGCCUGAUCAUGUGCACGCCCUACGAGAAACAAAAGGACUAUAAGCUGAUGGCAACACGACUGAAUGAUACCAUUUACAUAGCCAAGGUGGAAACGGAGGCGGAUCGCAUUGACCGCGAACAGAUGACACAGAGGCAGUUGGACAUGUGCUCCUGGGGAUUCAAGUUCGAGCAGUAUUGCACCACAGAUACGCCCAACAUUCCGCCCAAAACAAAUGUUCCCGUAAUUGAGGCCAAAGAAUUUGCCUGCGUCUAUCGUUGUAAACUUAACGGGAUGAAUCUGUUAUACGGCGCCGAAAUGGACGGAAUGAAAAGCGACGUCAUCGUUGACCUGGACAAACCAGAACAGCUGAGAUCCGUUGAGUUUGUGGAACUUAAGACGACCGCCCAUCAGUUGAAUCGGAAUCAACAGCGCUCAUUUGAUAAUUACAAAUCCCUGAACUGGUGGUGUCAAUCCUACUUGGUUGGCAUUCGCACUAUCCUGGCGGGCCUGAGAGAUAAUCAGGGGCUGCUCCAUGACAUCAAGGAAUACAACGUUACCGAAAUGCAUCGUCAAAAGCCUUGGAGUCCAGCAGCCGUGGUCACAUUCCUCUCAAAUUUCCUGCACGAACUGAAGUCAUUAAUAGAGCACAUUGACGAUCCAAAUGAUCCUCCAGUCGUCAUGCUAGACUACAUUGCGAAUGAGGGUCAAGUACUGUAUACAGUGCUCCAGGGCACGCAUCGACCGCCAAUGUUACCCAAUUGGUAUCGACAACUUUUCCGGGGAGAGACUUAACAGCAUUAGGCAAAUAGUGUAUAAUUAUACUUAAAAUAUAGAAAUUAAGACCUAAUGUU